UCAUUUACCCCUCGUGUGCAUUAGUGUUUUUACACAAUAAUUUACGGAGUAGUUUUCAACUGUUGCAUUGUUUGCUUUGAUGGCUCCGAGUCCGUGCCUGGUGAAUUUAUUUUUAAAGUUACGAAGCUCCGGCCUCGUCCAUCAGCCCCAUGUCCUUCCCGAGCCAAUUAACUUUUUAUUAUCCAUACAUAACACAAUGCCAUGCUUUGAAGUUCAGUCACGACAAUGUAUGACCCACACAGUGAUGACUUCACAUGAGUGUUGCUGUGCACGGUUAUGCACGAGGCCCCCAUCAAAUUUUAACCAGGGGGCCAAGGCUCUGCAGACAUUGGGGACUCCAAGCAGAUUGAACAAAUGAGAUACGAGCUUUAGAAUUGGCAAGAUAAGCAGGGGGGGCGGUGGGCAGGAGGGUUGGGACAUCAGAGCAACCUGCCACCCCCUUCCCCAUCCCUCCCAUAUAGUGAGUCUCAUUUGAGCACUGUGACCAGACAUUUUCAAAGGGCAAGAGCGACCUGCUGACAUUGAAAAGCCACCGGUGUUGUUUUAACGGAGCAGAGGACUGACUUGCCUUGUGUAUCACUCAGCCAGCUCUGCUGACAAAGGCCACAAUAGCGCGUUCCGUUUUCUUUAUGGUCCUUGUGAACGGGCUGCCGCACCGAUGCUGAGGCCGCUUCUGCUCGCCGUGGCCCUGUGGGCCGGGCUGGCAUGGGCCGGCUGCCCGCCCAGGUGCUCGUGCCGUGGCCGCAUCAUCCAGUGCCCGAAGCAGGACCUGGCGGGGAUCCACUUCCACAUCCCGCGUGACACCGAGGAGCUGUGGAUGUCCUCGAACCGCAUCUCCUCGCUGCAGGCGGGCGCCUUCCGCGGCCUCACGCGCCUCACCGUCCUCAACCUGGCCCACAACGAGCUCACCUACCUGCCCGCCGGAAUCUUCGACGAGCUCAAGAACCUGCGCGUGCUCAAUCUCAACAACAACAAGCUCAAGUUCUUGCGCGAGGGCACCUUCGACCGGCUGCCCAAGCUCAAGGUGCUGCACCUGCACGAGAACCAGCUGCGCUCGCUGCCCGAGGGCUGCCUGGACCGGCUGGAGAGCCUGGAGGGGGUACAUCUGCACGACAACCCCUGGGACUGCGGCUCCUGCACCGUGCUCUACCUGAGCCACUGGCUCAGUCAGAACACCCUCAAGGUGAAAGGCGCGCACUGGUCCACGGACCCCGAUGCCGUUCGCUGCAGCGGUGGCGUCCGUGGCGUUCCCGGCGUUCCCGUGCGGAGCGUGGACACGGCCGCCCUGGGCGGGGACUCGCACUGCCAGCUCGGGGCGUGGGGCUCGUGCCCGGACGCUUGCUCGUGCGUGGGCAACGCGGUCGACUGCAGCUACCGGGGGCUGCCGAGCGUCCCCGCUGAGAUCCCCGUCAACACGGAGGUGCUGUGGCUCAACGACAACAGCAUCCGCAACGUGUCGGCCACUGCGCUCUCUAAGCUGUCGAAGCUCACGCGCCUCUACCUGUCCAACAACGGGCUGGAGGAGCUCGCGCCCGGCAGCUUCGACGACCUCCGGCGCCUGGAGAUCCUGCGGCUGGGCCACAACUCCCUGAGCACGCUGCCCGGUGGGCUGCUCGACCGCCUCGCCGCCCUGCAGGAGGUCUACCUGCACAACAACCCGUGGGGCUGCGGCUGCGGCGACGACGAGGCCUACCUGCGGCGCUGGGUGUCGCGCAACGCACCGCGUGUCAAGGUGUUCGCUGGGGAGACAUACCCCGACAGCGCGCGCUGCGCCGGGGACGGCUCGCCGCUCCGGAGCAGCGGGGCCUCGUGCGCCACCGGCCCUGCGUUCAACGGCAGCUUCUUCCUGGGGUGACGGCCGCCGGCCGCCCCGCCUACCCACCCACCAACUCACCCAUCCACCCACCAGUUCACUCAUCCACCCACCCACCACCUCACUCACCCACGCACCUACUCACCCACCGACCAACUCUAUGUACGGUGCGAAUGAAGUUCAACGAACAUACACCGAUACAACUUCUUCGGCCGUUUCCUGACAAAGUGAGAUUUUCUCCACCAGGCUGCAAGAGUUCAGGAAUAACUUUAUUUUGUUCGCAUGCGUAUGAUAACACGAUCAUUGUCAUAAAAUAAAACAAAAUAUGCAAAAGUAGAAUCAGCUAAUUGGGUGCUUUAUAUUGUUAAAUUUUAAAGCAAGUGCUUGGGUAAUGAAGUAUAAUUUUGAGAGGAAAUGAGUGAGCCAAUGUGCAUCAGUUCCUCAGCAAACUCUACUUUGUAAUGCAUUGCACAAGUUUGUGUUUGGCAGUUUAAUGCAACAAUAAACACAUUCCUGCAGAGGGAGCUGGUAGGGACGUUGGGUUGCUCGGUCAAU